AUCGGUGCAUUCAAAGCCCUUUUCUCCUUUAUUCACAUUUGGACCAGUACCUGUGUGUGUGCGAGUGUGUUGAGACGUGUUAAGGAAUAUACAGUUUGCGCAGUAACGCCGCCAGUUUGUGCUAAAUGGGUGAUUACGGGUUCGCCUUACAGUCGGCUCUCCUCAGCAGUAGCGGCAGCUAUAACAGUCUCCCUCUCGCGUCGUUUUCAUCGCCCAAGCACCGUAGCAGUCCGACGAAUGUGGUGUACGAUAUCCUCAAUAAUAACUCGUCUCUGUUUCUCCCCCUUGCAGCUCAGCAAGCCAUGCAGGAUGAUUUACUGAUGGACAAACACAAAGCUCAGCCUCACCAGCAGCAGCAGCAAGACCCAGCGAGCGUCGAGACUCCUUCUACGCCGACUCCCUCACCGUCCGAGCCGGCGAUCUCCGAGGACAGCAGCCCGUCGAGCGGGAGCAGCCAAGCGCCUUCGGUCCAGUGCAGCAAAGACAAAGUAGCCAUGGAGUCGCCGAUCCUGCCGGGUCUGAGCUUCCCGGAGGCCGGUGGCAACUCCUUGUCUCCGUCGUUCGCCAGCACUUGGUCAUCGGGAACGGCGAACGCGGUGGACGAUAGUUUUUUCCAAGGAAUCCCCUCGGUGAACGGCACUAUGCUUUUUCAGAACUUCCCGCACCACGUCAACCCAGUGUUCGGAGGCGGAUUUUCGCCGCAGAUCGGCUUGGCACAGUCACAGCAGCAGCAAGUACAGCAGCAAGUACAGCAGCAGCCGCAACAGAGGAGAUCCCCGGUCAGUCCCAACCAGGCUGCUUUUCCUCAGCGGAACGCAUACAGCCACCAGGCCGUGGUGAACAGCAAGGUCUCGCCGUCCUCGUCCACCUCGUCGUCGGCGUGGAGCGCUCAGCAGAGCGCCGUGUGGAGCUCCGGUUCGAACCCAUGGAGCGGGCUGCCUGCCGGACGGGACCCGCGAAGAGCCGUCGGGGUGGGUGUAGGAGUCGGCCUGCCUUCGGCUCUUAACCCCAUCUCCCCGAUGAAGAAGCCCUAUCCGACUAAUGUCAUCGCCCCGCCGAAGUUCCCCAGAGCCGCCCCGCUUACCCCAAAACCCUGGCUGGAGGACAACGCCUUCAGGACGGACAACGGCAACAAUAUGUUACCUUUUCAGGACCGGAAUCGGCCCUUUGAUCCAUUUAGCUUGCAAACUUUGGAGAAUUCCUUAAUGGAUAUGAUAAGGACUGACCACGACAAAGGUAAACACCACCCUGUCGGGGGCCCACCAAUGACUAUCGCUGAUAUUGUAUGGAGGAAUCAUUUUGCAGGACGCAUGGGUCUGAACUUUCACCACCCAGCAGCAGAACACAUAAUGCCACUGACCAGGAGUUAUGGUCGCAGAAGAGGUCGCUCAUCACUGUUUCCUUUCGAGGAUGGCUUUUUGGAUGAUGCUCAUGGAGAUCAGUCUCUAACUCCAGGGCUGAACUCCCCCACUCGCUGUCAGAAUGGUGAGAGGAUGGAGCGCUAUUCCAGAAAGGUCUUUGUUGGUGGACUGCCUCCAGACAUUGACGAAGAUGAGAUCACCAAUAGUUUCCGUCGCUAUGGACACCUGGUUGUGGACUGGCCCCAUAAAGCAGAAAGCAAGUCCUACUUUCCUCCCAAAGGUUACGCCUUCCUGCUUUUCCAGGAAGAGAGUUCAGUUCAGGCUCUCAUUGACGCCUGCAUUGAGGAAGAUGGAAAACUCUAUUUGUGCGUCUCCAGUCCCACCAUUAAAGACAAACCAGUACAGAUCCGCCCUUGGAAUCUGAGUGACAGUGACUUUGUGAUGGAUGGCUCUCAGCCUCUGGACCCUCGCAAGACCAUCUUUGUUGGUGGAGUCCCUCGACCUCUGCGCGCAGUGGAGCUGGCGAUGAUUAUGGACCGGCUGUAUGGAGGGGUGUGCUAUGCUGGCAUUGAUACUGACCCUGAGCUGAAGUAUCCUAAAGGAGCAGGUCGAGUGGCUUUCUCGAACCAGCAGAGCUACAUUGCUGCCAUCAGCGCUCGAUUCGUCCAGUUGCAGCACAACGACAUCGACAAACGGGUGGAGGUGAAGCCGUACGUACUGGAUGAUCAGAUGUGUGAUGAGUGCCAGGGUGCGCGCUGCGGAGGCAAGUUCGCCCCGUUCUUCUGUGCCAAUGUCACGUGCCUGCAGUACUACUGUGAGUACUGCUGGGCCAGCAUCCACUCGCGUGCCGGCCGCGAGUUCCACAAACCGCUGGUGAAGGAGGGAGGAGACCGACCACGCCACGUCUCCUUCCGCUGGAGCUGAUGGAGGAGUCACUCAUCCUCCUCCCCACUUCUUCACUCCCAUCAUCCCCUCCAAACCAACUAACCAACACCACCACCACCAUCACCAUGACUACAACUGAAGAAAAUAUGGGUCUUCUUCUUUUCCUUUCUUAAAAAAAAAACAAAA